AUGUCGGUAAGAAAUCGUACGGCACCCGGUCCCGACAGGAUAAGACCAGAACACCUGAAGAACCUUCCGCCACUACUCAUCAGCACCCUGGCGAGGGUCUUCACAGGUUACCUGUCGGAAUGCAAGGUUCCUAAACAGGGGGAGACCAGCGAGACCGUGUUGUUCUAUAAAAAGGGAGGUCCACAUGACAUCGGCAACUAUCGCUCAAUCUGCUUACUGCCCGUCAUCUACAAGCUCUUUACAAGAGUGAUCCUGAAUAGGAUUGAAAAGUCUUGGAUGAAGGACAGCCAUGCAAGUAUCACGAGAGUACAAGAUGCCGCUCUGUCUCACCUUCAUCGACUUGAAAAAGACCUUCGACUCUUUGAGACCGAAGCGGUCAUGGAAGCCUUGGACAACCAAGGCGUCCCUACUCAGUACAUAAAGGUGCUUCGAAAAUUGUACAACAACUUCACGAUCGGAAUUUCCCCAUUCUACAAGAAUGUCAUCAUUGACGUGAAGAGGGGAGUCCGACAGGGUGAUACAAUUCCACCCAACAUAUUCACAGCCACCCUCGAGAACGCAAUGUGA